AUGACAGUUCCGCCCUCCGUUCAACAAACAUCGUCCAACUCGGGUUCUGCUGAUAUCCCUGCAACUGCUAGCUCUAACAAGGAGGAGGUUGCCGGACAUGGGUAUCGGUGGGAGGUGCUGGCGUGCGUUGGCUUUCCACUUCCAAAGGCCUUUGACGUGGUGUCUUCCCUUGGUGGUCUCGGGCAUUUCGAGCUGUCUAGGGGAGCUCUCGGAAGGGGCCUGACAGGUCUCCAAGAGGCGACCGUGAAGCAGAGCACGGACAUAGAAGGGUUGGUCUCCAUCACCCUGGAAGAGGCAUUCGUGGGGAAGGAUGUCGCUGUCGACAUCCGGCGACGAUCCGCGAAACCCCAAACGCUCAUAUCCCCCAUAUGCUCGCUGUUUUUCAAGGUCCCAUGUCCAGAAUGCCACGGCUAUGGAGCGGCCUCAUUUGUUCCUUGUGACCGGUGCGGUGGGUCAGGCAGACGCAUCCACGAUAUUAGCCUCAGCAGCGAGGACACCUCUCCAAGAAGCAUUCCAGUCAUGGAACACGGUGCCAGAGGUUGCGGCAGCAGCGGCGAAAGCGGAGAAGGCGACCCCAAUACGAACUCAACCGGCAGCGCUUGUGUCGCCCACGAGUGUGGCCAUCGUGAUGGGCUCGGAGGAGGUGUCUAUCGUGGUAGUGGGUGCUACGCAGGGCAUGUCAGUUGCAACGGAGAAUCAGACCCUCCGUGUCGCCGCCCUGAGGGAGAAGACGUGUGUGUGGAGCGGGCUGCCACGGACGACAACAAUGACGAAGGGGGAGCCGCUGAAAGACUCAGGCUGACGCGCACCGCUGACUGCGCGAGGUGUGGGGGCUCCGGCAUGGUGCCCACCCCGUCUGCAGACGGGGGGCCUCCGCUAUUCUGCUCGCGAUGUACGGGGGCGAGGUUCGUGGAGGAGACGGUGAACUUGGUUCUGACAAUCCCUGCCGGGGUAAAAAACGGCCACACAGAGGUUUACCGAGGCGAGGGCCACGUUGACUUCGGCGAUCUGCUUGAUACGCAAAAGCCGAGGGCAUCGAGUGAGGAGGCCAAUAUGAGUGAUGCGGACGCCGGCAAGGCCUCAGGUUCAUCACCCGCUCCUCCUCCUUGUUCUUCCCGUCCUUACGAAGGCGCCUCGUCCAUUAAAUCUCAGUGGGCUUCACCCACCUUCUCUCCUUCUUCCUCCUCUUCACCCUUUUCCCCUACCACUUCACCCGGGUCUUCAGAAUCGACACCUGGUGGUUUCUACGCUUCACCUCCAAAAACAAAAUUGAAAACUGGUAACUUUCGGCUGACAGUUGAUGUCUUGCCCCACCCAGUUUUUUCACCCGCGGAGGAAGGAGGGGCAGACCUGCACGCAACGGUUUCCAUUUCCGUGGCGGAGGCAUUGACGGGCUUUACCCGGGAAAUCACCGGCUUGGACGGCUCCAUUGUGACGGUCAGGCUGCAGUGGUACCGAUGGCGAUGGUGA